UCCUCUAUGGUGAGGGCAGCGCGGCCAGCUCAUGUUUGCGCGCUGCGGCACAUUAAAACAUGAAAUAGCCGAGAGUUUUUUUCAGCGUGAGAAAUACGAUGUGUGGCGGGAGUGCGUCACUUAAGACCGAAAUGCGUGAGUCUCACGCUCAAUGCGUGACACUUGAGAGCCCUGCAUUGUGUCUGUUAGGAUGUGGACAUGUGUGUGUCACGUUGGGACAACGUGCACGUGCACGCCUCAGAAUCACGUUGCCUCAGCUUAAUGUCGCCUCGGUUAAUCCUUUUAAAGACGAGCAUUGCUUCUUGUCAGGGAAAGUCCUGCGCUGUGACACUCAGGACACCUCCACCGUCUCACAGCGCAGCAAUGCCUCCUCUGGUGGUUUUCACUCUGGCACGUUCAGCUGUGAGCGAACGAGGACUGACCGCCAUGAGCGCCGACACAGUCUGCAAGACAGAGCAGGACUCGGAGCACCACGGCGAGCUGGCCGACUUGGUGGCGGCCAUGCACGUGGCUGCCAACCGCACAACCCCACCGAAUGGCGACAAGUCCGGUGGUCCGAGGGCCACCAGGGUCUCGGACAGGAAGAUGUCCCUGCAAGAGAGAGGGAGCCGCAUGCCCCGACAUGCCACCAUCGAGACCAAACGCGUGUCCAUCACAGAUGCUGAUGAUUAUGUUCAGCUCAACCAGUAUACGUUGAAGAACGAGAUUGGAAAGGGUUCAUAUGGAGUGGUCAAAUUAGCGUAUAAUGAAGAUUCUGAGCAGUACUACGCGAUGAAAGUGGUUUCAAAGAAGAGGCUGAUGAAGCAGUGUGGAUUUCUGCGCCGCCAUCCUCCUCAAGGAUCAAGCGCUGCGUUUCCUCUGGAGAAGAUAUACAAAGAGAUCGCCAUCCUCAAGAAACUGGACCAUCAUAAUGUUGUUAAACUGGUGGAGGUGCUUGAUGACAUUGAUGAAGAUGGACUUCAUAUGGCCUUCGAUUUGAUGACAAAGGGCCCGGUGAUGGAGGUGCCGACAGACGACCCGUUCACAGAGGAGCAGGCUCGCUUUUACUUCAGAGACGUCGUCCUGGGAAUAGAAUACUUGCACUUCCACAAGAUCAUCCACAGGGACAUCAAGCCCUCCAACCUGCUGCUGGGGGACGAUGGCCACGUCGAGAUCGCAGACUAUGGUGUGAGCAACGAGUUUGAGGGGACGGACGCCCUCCUGUCGAGCACGGAGGGGACGCCGGCCUUCAUGGCCCCCGAGAUGAUGACCGAACACGAGCAUAGCUUCAGCGGGAAGGCAUUAGACAUAUGGGCGAUGGGAGUCACACUCUCCUGUUUUGUCUUUGGGAAGUGCCCUUUUUAUGACAAAAACAUCAUCUCUCUGCACACCAAGAUCAAGAACAAACCUGUCGAGUUUCCAGAGACACCAUUAAUAAGUAACGGAUUGAAGGAGCUCAUUGAGAGGAUGCUGGAUAAAAAAUCUAAAACAAGAAUCACCAUUCCUGAGAUUAAGCUCCAUGUGUGGGUGACGGAGAACGGCUCCGACCCGCUUCCUCUUGAGGAGGAGCACUGCACAGCGGUGGAGAUCACUGAGGAGGACGUGCAGAACAGCGUCACACUCAUCCCGAGUCUUUCCACUGUGAUUCUGGUGAAGUCCAUGCUGAGGAAGCGGUCUUUCAGUAAUCCCUUUGAGUGUCUGAGCAGACGUCCGGAGAGGUCCAUGUCUGCCCCUGGAGGUCUUCUUACUGACUCUUGGGACUUAUUGGGGGCUUCGCCUCAGCUUCAUCCUUCCUUGAGGAAAAUCAGCAAAGAGGGGAGCAGAGAGGAGUUGGAGGACUUGUAUGAAGAUGAAGCGUUGCCAGAGUUACCAGAUUAAAGGGGAAGAGUUCAGAAAAUUAUUUGUUUUGUAACUAUUUGUCCUGAUCGCACCUCAUUUUCUGCUUUUGCUGUUGCUUCAUACUUGUUGUGCUUAAAUUAGUCUUGUACUUUACUGCAUAAAGCUUAUAAUUGUGGGACGUAUUACAUAUUAUAAAUAUGUGUGUAUCAAUGCAUUAAAGCUAGGGAUGGUAAAGAGUGGCUUUGGUGGCAGGCCGACAUGGGAGCGGCUGUCAGUGUUGCCGACUUGCCUACUUUCUCACGAGAUCUUGUUAUUUUGGAGUUUGUGCUCCUCGCUACUUUGAGUGUAAAAUACUUGGUAACAGUGUUGGGUAAUUUAAAAUUCAUUUUCUUGCUAGUUUCUCAACAUAACCAACACUUUAUAGGUGUUGAAUAGGAGAUUUAGAGCAUUUCUAUUCCCUCCUCACGGCCCUCAACAUGGCGAUGGAUGAGCUGGCGGCUCACAGCUAAUAGCACUACUAAUGCAAACUACAGUGUUGACAGCGCUGAUGGGGUUCAGCUGAGGUGGAACUGGAGGCCGAGCACUACGCUGGUGCAAUGACGCCAUCAGCUAAAACCGCUCUAAGAGCGCAGUGAAUUGUAUCCGGCAUGAAAUCGUUGAUUGCUGCUGAGUAAUCCUCAAAUCUGACCCGAGUCAAAUUCAAUUUUAUUGUUUAUUUAUUCUGUUUAUUUACUGAUGGCAUGGUUGAUGUUGUUCAUGAAUGUGAUACGAUGCAUUUGCUUUGGGCUGUUGUUAAUAUUUUGAAUAUGCUCCACAAUGAAGAUAUUUUUUACAUGUUCCUACAGUUAAUUGUAUUGUUGAAAAUAAUAAAAGAUAUUAUUUUAAACAA